AAUAACAAAAGUUGAAUGUCAAAAUCCGUCACUCUGUCGACGUCUAUUCAUAUAAAAAUAUUGAAUAAUUCGUGUUUUAAAACAUUUUAUUUUCGUGAGAACAGUGUUUUUGUUGCAAAACUAUAUAUAUGCUGCAAUCGUGACCCUCCGCUUAUUUAUCGGUAAUUGAGAUCGAACUUGGAAGUUAUUCUGGGCGCGAUCAUAACCAACGCCAUUUUAUCUCAACAUGAACGCCGGAAACUUAUGACGUAAUAAUACCGUGAGCCAGCCGCCAGCAAGACUGACCGUGUGAACCGGCGCCGACGCUGUCGACAACAAGCGAACCCGAUAUAUGGACUGCGCCCGCGCACUCUGUACACACAUUCACGUAAAGUAGGGGUGGUCCAUGCCCCACGCGGCGCCACCAGCCUCCGCCAUGUCGGCCCCGCCGCGCCACCCCCACUUCUACACCGUCGAGGUCGGCGACACCCGCUUCACCAUCCUCAAACGUUACCAGAACUUGAAGCCCAUCGGAUCCGGAGCACAGGGAAUAGUAUGUGCCGCAUACGAUACGGUGACACAACAAAAUGUAGCCAUCAAGAAGCUAUCACGGCCGUUCCAGAAUGUAACGCACGCGAAACGUGCGUAUCGUGAGUUUAAACUCAUGAAAUUGGUCAAUCAUAAAAAUAUAAUCGGGCUCCUAAACGCCUUCACGCCACAGAAGAGCCUUGAGGAGUUCCAGGACGUGUACCUGGUGAUGGAGUUGAUGGAUGCCAACCUGUGCCAGGUCAUCCAGAUGGACCUGGACCAUGAGCGCAUGAGCUACCUGCUCUACCAGAUGCUGUGCGGUAUCAAGCACUUGCAUCUUGCUGGGAUUAUACAUCGGGAUCUGAAGCCCUCCAACAUAGUGGUGAAGAGCGACUGCACGCUGAAGAUCCUGGACUUCGGCCUGGCGCGCACCGCCGGGACCACCUUCAUGAUGACGCCCUACGUCGUCACCAGAUACUACCGCGCGCCUGAGGUGAUCCUGGGCAUGGGCUACACGGAGAACGUGGACAUCUGGUCGGUGGGCUGCAUCAUGGGCGAGAUGAUCCGCGGCGGCGUGCUGUUCCCCGGGACUGACCACAUCGACCAGUGGAACAAGAUCAUCGAGCAACUGGGCACUCCGUCGGCCGCGUUCAUGGCGCGGCUGCAGCCCACCGUGCGCAACUACGUGGAGAACCGGCCGCGCUACACCGGCUACAGCUUCGAGAGGCUGUUCCCGGACAUACUGUUCCCCAGCGACAGCAACGAGCACAACCGUCUCAAGGCGUCCCAGGCCCGCGACCUGCUGUCGCGCAUGCUGGUCAUCGACCCCGAGCGCCGCAUCUCGGUGGACGAGGCGCUGCUGCACCCCUACAUCAACGUGUGGUACGACGAGGGAGAGGUCAACGCGCCGGCCCCCGCGUCGUACGACCACUCGGUGGACGAGCGCGAGCACACGGUGGAGCAGUGGAAGCAGCUCAUCUACCAGGAGGUGGUGGAGUACGCCGCGCCGCCGCCGCCGCCGCAACACCAGCCCCCGCCCGACCACGCGCAGCCCGCACUCACCACAUAGGUCUGAGCGGUCGCGGCCGGAGCGGGCGGCGGCUGCGGGGCUCGCCACACGUUGUACACAAUAACUAUGAUGUAUAUAUUUAUCGUGGAAAUGUUAUGUGCAAUACUCGACCCAAUACUAUCAAGUGCAAACUUAGAAGAACAUUUGACGCGUUCAUACUCUCGCGAGAGUGAAUGCCUCAGAGACUACCGUAAGGUUAGGCAGCGUAACACAAUAACCCGUAGUGUAGCUGAAGUAAUUUGUACUCUAUUAUGUACUGGUUUGUUUGUAUUAUUUUAAAUACCGUUAUCGACUUGUCUAUUUGUAGUUUCUUCCUGUUUCUUAUGAUAUAAAUAGUGGUAAGCUGUAAUUUUAAUUUACCAAUAUGGGACGCUUCUAACAUAUUAAGCUCAACAGUUUGAAUGAUACUCCCCCCCCCUCCUACGAUACUCCCCUCUCCCCCCCUCUCCUCUUCCCGCGUCUCACUACUUAAAUUUGCAGUAAGGAGUGCCUUUUGCGAAUUGCUAAUAAAAAGUUGGUGAUAGUCAGUGUAUGGACUGACUUUGAUAUGUUUGAAUAUUUUUGUAAUGAAAUUCAUUAAUUAAUAAAUAACUUAAGUGAUUCCCUGUUUAAUGAUGCAAUAUUUUAUCUAUGGACUUUAUCUUUUAAUUUAUAUGCUAAUUGAAUUAUUCGUAAUUAUUCUAAUAUUAUAGAGUUGAGCUUAUACUGUUUUAUUGUAAAAUAUUACGUUCAAUAUAAUUGUGCAAUUUAUUAUUUUAUAUUUACUAUUAUUUAAUUUUAAUGAUCACUUUUGCAAAUUUCUCUUCUUAUUCCCAAAUGCCAAUAACUUGUUGAAUUUCCAAACGAAUUAUAAGUACAGUGCCAUUCAGACCCUGUUUGCCAUAGGUACUACUCGCGUACUAGUGACUCUGAGUGUUGUAAGGAUUUGCAAUUGUGAAAUAUUAACGAGUGAUUCAUGAAGGUGUAAUAUAAUUUGUUUCUUAGCCAUACACAUCGUCAGAUAGUUACUCGGGAUUUUGUGAUGUUCAUAGUUUUUCGUAAGUAGGCCCUAGUUACGUUGUUGAUAAUAUUGUAUUGAGUGUACGAGAGUAGAUCAUUAAGUACAUUUCUACCUAAUUAGUCUCUUAUAGGUCACCUCACACGUUGCUGGAGAGAACGGCAAUCGAAAUACGUAAUAGUCAUCGAGUUCUCGUAGUGAUAGUGUGACGCGGCGCCCGGGCGGCCGCGCUCGCUCCCUAGGACCGACAAGUCUUAGCUAAUCUUAUGAUAUCGUCUGUAGUUCAGGACUCUUCUGCGUUAUCAUAGUACAGCCAAGUAGGACGCUAACAUGAUUUUGUUUACUCUUCGUAAGGCUUAACGUGUGAGGGGUUCGUAGGUUAUUGUUUGAAACCUCACUAGGUGAUAUAAUUAUAAAUAAGGAUAAUAAAGAAUGAUGAUAGUGUAACGGAUGGUUUCAGCAAAUAGCACAAUUUAUUAGCUAUAGAUAAAGCUGGGCGGUAACAUGUUUGUGAUGCGCGCAUCAUUGUGUAUAAUCGUUAAUAAUGUUAUUAUGAAAGCAAUAAUACAUCGUUUUGUAUUCGCCUCCGUGAGCGGUCAUGCAUCAGUCACUUCAUAUUACUUUCAUGAGUUUGGCUCUAAACAUAUCACGGACGAUACAAUAGAUUUCAUUUUCCACGAGAUUUUUCAUUAAACGAUGAAGUGAUCGCUCCAACUCUCGGAAUGUUACUUAACUUUUGUUCCAUGACGUUAUAGAGGUAUACGUGAGUGAUAAGUAUAUUAUGCUCGUCGCUAGUGUCAAUUUGGUUGCCUCUGGGCAGAGGUAACGGCUUGGCAAACUCAUCGCCUACAGAGCAUUAUAACCAGCAGUACAUAAAAUAUAAAAUUAUAAUAAAUCUUCAAGAGUAUACAAUAAUAUUUAAUAUUUUAGGUCUAGUGUAAAAUCUGUAAAUAUGAUCGCUACGUAUGGAACGAAAGUGAAGCGAACAUGCAUUACCUUAGGACAUUCUGUUUAUCACUAUAGUAAAUAAAAACCACAACUGUACGUCCAAAUUGUCCAUUUAUAUGUUAAUGUACCUAAUACAAAUUACAAUAAUAUAAUCAUUAGAACGUAUUAUAGUACACUUGGUAACAAGACAAGUUAAGGUAGUCGCAAUGUUAAGAACGCUGGCCGCGCGGCUUCUAGCGAUAUACAUACUUGAGUUAACACUUCAAUGACUAUCUAAAAACAACUUAUUUUUACUGUACACGUAAGUUAUUUCAUAUUUUAACUGAAUAAAAUCGAAAUGGUUAUUAUA